GAAAAAGAAGAAGAAGAAGAAGACAGCCAAUGCAUGCUGGGAUAUGACAUGAACCACAAUGGCAGCUAAGCAACAAGCCGUUUCUGCUCUCAUACUGACAUGUUUAUUUUCAGCGCUUCUACUGCAGACUUGUCGGACGCUUGCAGAAGAGCUGAAGUGGGACGAGAAUGGCUACGUGUUGUACUGCCCGUGCAUGGGUCGCUUUGGAAACCAGGCAGACCACUUCCUGGGAUCUCUGGCCUUUGCAAAGAUGUUGAACCGAACCCUGGCAGUCCCUCCCUGGAUUGUGUAUCGCCACCAUACCCCCCCUUACACCAAUGUCCAUGUUCCCUAUAGUGAGUUCUUUCAGCUGGAGGCCUUGUCUGCCUACCACCGUGUGGUCAGUUUGGAGGACUUCAUGGAGAAGCUGGCUCCCAAACACUGGCUCUCAGGACAGAGGAGAGCCUACUGCUUUGAGACUGCUGCACAGCGGAGUGCAGACAAGAAAUCUUGCCCCAUGAAGGAUGGGAACCCAUUUGGUCCAUUCUGGAACUAUGCUGGUGUGGAAUUUGACAUGUCUGUCUUGUUUGGUGGUAUUUCCUUUAGUGCCUAUUAUCAGCCUCAGUGGAUGAAGAAGUUCUCUCCCUCUGAGCAUCCUGUCCUAGCCAUGCCUGGAGCUCCUGCCCAGUUCCCAGUGAUAGAGGAGCAUGUGGGCCUGCAGCGCUAUGUGGUGUGGUCACACAAGAUGGUGAAGGAAGGAGAAGAGCACAUCUCUACCCUGCUGACCAGGCCGUACGUUGGCAUUCACCUCAGGAUCGGCAUCGAUUGGCAAAAUGCCUGCAAAUUGCUGAAGAGUGGUGAUGCAGGCCCUCACUUCAUGGCCUCUCCUCAGUGUGUUGGCUACAAUCGCCAGACGGCCCUGCCUCUCACCAUGACCAUGUGCCUUCCGGACCUGUCAGAGAUCCGCAGGGCUGUCAAGCUGUGGGUGAAGAAGACCUCUGCCCGCUCUGUCUACAUCGCCACUGAUUCCGAAUCCCACAAUAGGGAUAUUGAAAAGCUCUUCAAGGGCAAGGUAAAAGUGGUUAGUCUCCAACCUGACUCAGCCCAAAUGGACCUGUACAUCUUAGGCCGAGCUGACCACUUCAUCGGCAACUGUGUCUCAUCCUUUUCCGCAUUUGUAAAGAGAGAGCGGGAUGUCCACAGCCUUCCAUCCUCCUUUUUUGGCAUGGACAAGCCCGGGAAAGUAAAUCACAAAGAAGAACUCUAAGCACAAAUGUCACAUGGUCACCCUCUGGACACUAAUGCUGGAUGACUGUCAUGCCAGGAGAGCAUGUAGAAAGCAGAGAAUAUCAUAUGUGACGUGAUUGUUUAUAAUGUCUGAAGCAAGACUAGGAGUUAAGGCGCAGACAGGUUCAAUUUUAGCAUGGGUUUCAAUCUGUGUGAAUGGGGCUAGGGCUUAUAGGAGAGGAUGUAGCAGAUCAGUAGUGAGAUGUUUGUCAAAUGUUAUAACACUGCUGCUACCAAGAAACACUUUUAUUUUUGUCUGUUCUCUACUAGAAAAUCCAUCAACAUUCAAAAAGUAUAUGUUCCCUCUCAAGAUUUGGCUUCAGAGUUUUUCUACCUGAUUUUGUUCACCAUACUGAAGCCAGUUUUCCUUUCCAUCAGGGAAGCACAAACAUUUCCUUCAGCUACAGUCAUAUUCUGUAGCUGCUGCCAUGUUGGAUAGACCUCUGGUGACCUCAGUGAACCAGGGAAAAGACAAUGUCAGCGAUCAUGUUCUCCCUAUCACUGUCUUUUGCCCUUUUCCUCCUCUCUUUCUCUCCCUACCUUUCCUUUCCGAUCUCUUUCCAGCUCGUUCUUUCCUUUCCUCUUUGCCCUCCAUUCCAAGGAGAGCGCAGUAACCGAUCCUCAUACUAAUUAUAGGGAGGAAAAAGGAGACAGUCUUUCCACCUCUCAAUUUAUCAGGACCAAAAACUGACAAACUGUGGAACCCUGGUCUGAAUGUUUUGCAGAUGGUGUUGUUAAUUCAGUGAAUGUACGCAAAUACUUCAAGGAUGAUUGGGGAUACUAAAGAGACUAUUUGCACUGGUUGAACUGAUUAAAUGCAAGUCAUUAGUAUUCCUCUGUGUGAAAGCAGUGAAUGUGUCGAUUUUGAAGUUGAAUGUUUUACUGUAAUGCUUUUCACCAAUAAAGUGAUGCACACUAAUUUUUAAAGAA